UGUCUUAGUGUGCAAUCCAUGAAAUGAAAAGAUUUGGAGACAAAGAAGUUAUUUAUUUUCAGGAUAAAUGAGUUGAAAGAAUAGUCAGUUAUAGUGCGAGUGCGGCGGGGAAGAGGAUGAUGAGAGUGUGGUUGGGGAAUGGGCAGCAGCAGUGUCCUCACGAAACACUGUCCUUGUCAUGGAAAUUGAAACAACCUCGUCCCCAAUUGCAAGCGCGUUGCACGCUAACCAAACAAGGCCAACGAUUCCUUACAAAGCUAACCACCUCCUCCGCCACCGCCGACAACCUCAUUCGUAGGUUCCUACUAGCUUCUCCCAAAUCCGUCGUUCUCAGCACUCUCUCCCACCUCCUCUCCCCUUCCACCUCCUACCCCCACCUCUCUCCCCUCGCCUCGCAGCUUUACACGGGAAUCAGCCAAGCCCCAUGGUUCUCCUGGAACCCCACCACCGUCGCCGAACUCGCCGCCCUCCUCCACAGUCUCGGCCACCACGCCCAAUCCGAAUCCCUCAUUUCCGACGCCAGUUCCAGGUUACAAUCACGCCAACGCGACCUCGUUCUUUUCUACGGCAAACUCAUCGAUUCACACUCCAAGCGAAACUCCCACACCGCCUUCGACGCCGCUUUUGGUUACCUCCAUAACCUUGUCCGCACUUCCUCCUCCCUUCACGUGAAACGCAGGGCCUACCAGUACAUGGUGAGCGGCUUAUGUUUAAUGGAUAGACCCCGUGAGGCCGAGGAUUUGGUUCUUGGGCUUCAACCUUCGGGCUUCGAGUACAAGUCCAUUGUGUAUGGAUACGGAAGGUUGGGUUUGUUUAAUGAUAUGAAUAGAGUGGUGGAUGAAAUGGAGAGGAAUGGCUUUGCUGUUGACACCGUUUGUUACAACAUGGUUCUUUCGACUUACGGCAUUCACGGGGAGCACGUGGAGAUGGUGAGGUGGCUUCGGAGGAUGAGCAAUUCGGGUGUUCCGUUUUCUGUCAGGACUUACAAUUCCGUCUCUAAUAGUUGCCCUAGUAUUACCAGAAUGACGAGGGACUUGAGCAAAUUGGCGUUGUUGUCGAUUUCAGAAUUGAAGGAGGGUUUGGAAGGAGGGGAGGGGAUGGUGGUGAGGGAGUUGUUGUUGUUGGGGUCUUGUGGGAUAUUGGAGGAGGUCAUGGUGUGGGAUUCUUCGGAGGUCAAGUUGGACUUGCAUGGAUUUCACUUGGCUUCGGCGUAUUUGAUCGUGUUGCUUUGGUUGGAGGAGAUGGGAAGAAGGUUGAAUGAUUCCAAUUAUGGAGUUCCUGCGGAAUUUACGGUGGUUUGUGGGUUGGGAAAGCAUAGCAGUGUCAGAGGAGAGUCGCCGGUGAGAGUGUUGGUUCAGAAGAUGAUGGUCAAAAUGGGGAGUCCGUUGAAGGUUGAUAGGAAGAACAAUGGCUGCUUCAUUGCCAAAGGUAAAGCUGUCAAAAACUGGUUAAGUCAAUUCAACAACAACAAGUCAUCCUUCACUCAACACUAAGUUUUGCUGCACAAGGCUCAACUUAUUGUCACUGUCACCAAGAUAGCUUCAGGGGUCAUUUUUAUUUUUUUUGAUAAAUUUGAUCAUGUAUCAUUUGAAUUUUGUAACAAUUCUGUGUUAAUUGAUUCGCAAGCUUGUAGAAGUGAUUGUGAAUAGUGUUUAUUGAUUUUUAUGGGUUUGCUUUUUUGUUUA